AUGGGAUUUAGUGUGACUUGUAAGUUUGUGAGUUUGGGUUUGCGGACUCGCGUUUUUCGUAAAUUCCGGGGACAGCCGAAUAAAUCCUAUGACUGGAUCAGAAACAAUGUGGACAAAUUAAUAAGGAACGGGAGGCUAGAAUUAACCCUACCAAGAGCCAAAGAAUUACAACAAUACGUCGAAGAACUCAUUUAUCACGCCAAAAUACAUACUGAGGACUCAGAUUUGUUGGUGGAGAGUGUGAUAAGAACGCCAGAGUGUCGAAGUUUAUUAUAUGAAAAAUAUGUUCCUCUCUAUAAAGACCGACAGUUCUUCUUCACCCGCGUUGUUAAUCAAUACAAACUCAGACAAAGAGAUUCAGCUCCAUUAGCAUAUAUAGAACUUGUUAACACAGAGAACGAGAUAUAUCCUGCGAAACCUGUGGGAAUUGACAAGUUAAAUCACAUUCUAAACCUCAUGAAAUCAACCCGAAGAGAUUAUCGCAAAUAUCAUAACUACGGUAGGAAAAUGGGACUAAUUGACAAAGAUGGAAAUUUAAUAAAUAAAAUACAAAUCAACACAAAACCCUGGUAUGAGGAGGGAAAUAUUGAGACGGUGGACGAAACAAGUUUAUCCGAUGAAAAGGUGAGAAGAAGACUAGAAAUGAUACGUAAAGUUGAGGUUGUAAAUGGUAAAGUCAUUGAACCCUUCAACACACUUUAUCAACCAAACACCGCCACAGUUAAAAAAACACUCAGAUUCAAUCCAUAA